UGCAUUGCAUUUGAUUUUGAGUUGAGAGCAGUAGAUAGAUACUGUCAAAAAUCCACUUCGUCCUUUUGUUUCACAUUAUUCGGAGAGAGAGGUGAAGACCUUAUCAUCUUUGGGGCUGCCUGCUGCAACUUGAUAUUAACACAAAAGGCAAAGCAGAGGAACACAUAUCAGCAAACAGAAAAUCUUCUGAGCCAACAAAAGAAAAGGAAAAAAAAAAAAAGAAAAAAGAACAAAAAAAGGAACUCUUUUUUCUCCUCCAAUUCGAAUCGCUCUGUUCGAUAAACAUAAAUCUAAAGAAAGAGCCGAGGGAGCAUGAGAAUCAUGAAAAGAGCUAGAGCAGUCGUAGCUGCUUUGAUAAUGGUAAAACUUUGACAUUUGUCUCCUUCCAUUAUAUUUAUAAGCGCCCUAAAAGAAUACAGUUACUCUAUCUAUGGCGGCUACUCUUUUACAUCUCAUUUCUUAGUCGGUUUACUGUUUUGAUUUUGAUUAUUUGCAAAAGAAAAUGAGCCACUAUGUUCCCGAUUUCGAAAUGGACGACGAUUGCGCUAUCCCUACUUCAUCAACCUUAGUUCGCCCUAAAAAAUCAAUCACGUCUACGGAGGAUGAGUUCAUGGAGCUUCUGUGGCAUAACGGUCAGGUAGUCGUGCAAACCCAGUCGCUAAAGAAACCACAGCAACAGCACCACAAAUACGACGACGCUGUCAUACCUGUAGAUCAAUCAAACCCCAGAGAUGUCAUCCGUACAGCUCAAGAACACCAUAAUCAUAACAAUAACAGUAAUAAUAAUAAUAAUAAUAAUAAUAACACCCAUAAUAGUAAUCUCUUCAUGCAAGAAGAUGAGAUGGCUUCUUGGCUUCAUUAUCCUAUCAACGACACUAAUUUCGAUCAAGAUUUCUGCGCCGAUCUCCUUUAUCCCACCUCUGCCGCCGCUGCUUGCGUCACUUCCACCACCACCAACACCACCACAACAACAACCACAAACAACAGCUUCGCUCCUGUCCGUUCACUCCAUAAUCCAGAAAUUCGCUCUCAACAGCCGCCGGUUUCUGCUACAGCUACAGCGUCAAGACCACCGAUUCCACCGACGAGAAGAGCGCAGGUUGUGCAGAACUUCGCUUACUUUUCAAGGCACAGAGCGAGAGAUGGUGCUAACGUAGCAGAAUCAGGACCGUCUAAAGUAAAACCCGUAGCAAGAGAAUCAACGGUGGUUGACUCAAGUGAAACGCCGGAAGGAAUAGCGUUAGAUUCGAGAAUUUCAGAGGCAGCUUUCGGGAGGAGUACUUCCGGUGGUGAUAACGGCGGCGUCGGCGGCGCUGCCGCAGCCUGUGGUGCAUCUUCCAGAGGUAAUAAUAAUAACAACAAUAGAGAGAUGACGACGACAUGUGAAAUGACUGUGACGUCAUCCCCCGGUGGUUCUAGUGCAAGCGCUGAACCGCCGCAGCCGCAGAGGCCGCCGGCUGAUGAUAGGAAGCGGAAAGGAAGGGAAGAAGAAACGGAAUAUUAUCAUAGCGAGGAUGUUGAAUUUGAAUCUGCUGAUGCAAAGAAACAAGCUCGUGGAUCAACAUCUACAAAGAGAUCUCGUGCUGCAGAAGUUCACAACCUCUCAGAAAGGAGACGGCGAGACCGGAUAAAUGAAAAGAUGAGGGCUUUGCAAGAGCUCAUACCUCGAUGCAACAAGUCGGAUAAAGCUUCUAUGUUAGAUGAGGCAAUUGAGUACCUGAAAUCGCUUCAGUUACAAGUACAGAUGAUGUCCAUGGGAUGCAGCAUGGUCCCGAUGAUGUUUCCUGGCAUCCAGCAGUAUAUGCCACCAAUGGGGAUGGGAAUGGGAAUCGGGAUGGGCAUGGAAAUGGGUAUGAGUCGACCUAUGAUGCCAUUUCCCAAUGUUCUAUCUGGUGCACCCCUCCCCACACAGGCUGCAGCAGCAGCUCAUUUGGGUCCAAGGUUCCAUAUGCCAGCUUUUCAUAUGCCCCCUGUCCCUGCCCCUGAUCCAUCCAGAAUACAAGCAGCCAGCCAGUCAGAUCCCAUGGUAAGUGCAAUAAGCACACAGAAUCCGAACCAACCACGAUUGCCAAAUUUCGUCGAUCCUUAUCAGCAGUAUCUUGGUCUCCAACAGUUGCAGAUACCAGUACCGGAGAACCAAGCAAUGGCCCAGCCAAGUACCAGCAAGCCAGGUGCCAAUCAAGGAGCUGAGAAUCUUGAUAAUCACCAGUCAGGACGAUCAUUCCAGAAUUGAAAGCUACACUGAAGUUGAACAUGUAGAAGGCACAAAAUCUCUACAUGUUGUCAUGUCUGACUGCUUGAAGUUAUUGAUCUAUGGCGGAUAAAAUCUGAGAACAGAGCAAAAUCAAGCGAUGCUUAUUAACAAGAGAAACUUCAAUUUUAUAAACAUAAUAUCAUCGCCACUAUUCAUUAAUGAUGACUAUUCAACUUCAUGAUGUUGUUAAGACAAACUCUAGAUACCUUGUCAGUAAAGAUACAGAAUGCUUCCACUCCCAUAGCUUUCUCAAGUUCCUACCAGAUGUAACAGGAGAUUUUAGAACAAUUUCUUCCUUUCAUUUAAGAGAAGAUUAGAAUACAUACGCUAUCUGGAUCUGAAGCAUCAUCAAUAGCACAUAUAAGUUUCCGAAGACUUUCAUCCUUCAAUGCGUUGCAAAUUUCACUGGAAGAAGCUGCAUAAACAGGGCAUUAGAAUCUAUAUUUUUUGGGAGUACAACUGACCAUUAAUUGCUUCAAGAUAUUACAUAUGAGAACCAACUACAGUCUACUUGGUUGGGUAGCUCUUUGGUUUUUAAUUUUUACUUCUCUACAGAGUACUUCUCAGGAACUACUGAUUUGCUGGAAAGCACAAACAAUAAUAAGGAUACAUAUUUCCUGAGGUUGUAUUACUGCAAGAUAAAAUUUUGAAGGGAAAAAAACACUAUGACAAAGACUAGACUUCUAUAUUUUAUAGAAACUAUUUCAACAAAGGUUUUGCUUUCCAACUAAACAUUCCCUUUUGUUUUCAGAAUGGCAAAAGGAAAAGAAAGUAAGCCAAAAGGAACCUAAUGAUUCCAACUAGUGAUCUUAAAUUGGAUAAUGCAUGAACAGGUAUGUGGAAGGAGUGCGAGGCCAUGUGGAACUUUAAGCCCCCCAAGUAAUUUACAUGGCACAAGAACUUAACAACUACGACUAGAUAAGAACAAUUGAACCAGAUGAACAUGGCAAAAAUGGCAUUCAUCAUAAUAAAGCUACAAUUAUCUGAUGGAUAGAGAGAACAAGAUGUAGAUUUUCUGAACACAAUGGCAGCAGCUACAGUAUUUAGCUCAGUGUCAUCCUAAUAUAUCAGUUUCAACCAGCAGAGACCUCUAAUGCUAUGCAAUCCAGGUGCAGAAAGCCAUUACUAGGUCAUAUCCUAUUUGUUUCACAGAUGUACGAAAGUGGUACCUGGAGCGACCUAUCACUUAUUAAUUUCAUGGCUGUUUGAAUGCAGAUCUCAACAAGCCAACACAAGUAUAUCACAUCUGCAUGCACCAUGACUUCACAGCGAAUAAUUUCAGUACUUCAGUUGCGGAGUAUACAGAUAAAAAUUCCCUAAGAAGGCGGAGAGCUUAGUUUGUUUAACCCCGAGAUAAAUAGUGAUAAGGUGAAAAAAAUAGUUAAUCAUGUUUUUCCCAUAGAGAAUAUUCUUUUAUGCUGAGACUAAGAUAUGUCCACCCUUGUAUACCAUUUGCAGAUUUGCUGCUUUGGUCCACAUGAUCAUGGUUUGGCAAAGUUUACUUCAAACAAACAUCUUCUAAAUACAUCCUGAAUUAUUAGAAGCUCCAUCUCAACUUCAGUUCUUGGUAGAAGCUCCAUCAAGAUGGAUACUAGCACUAUGCCACCAGCCGACUACUAUUACUUUGAAGUCUAUAUGUUGCUUAUAACAUGAAACUCCAGAGAAAAGGGAAAAUGAUUUUUGUAUUGCAAAAGUGACAAAUGAUAAUGAUUUCAUUACCCUUCUACUGCAUUAAACAAUAUUAGAGGAGUUUUUAAACAGAAAGAACUGUUAAAGGUUUUACCUUCAAGCUUGUUUUAUAAACAUACCUAUAGACUCUAGUUGCGGCUUUAGCAGCACCUCAUUUGUAUCAUCCACAGUUAAUGGCCUUUCUUGAGGCAGUUCUGGAUCAGCAGCUGACAAAUUUGAGACAAUGCAGAUCCAAUCAACUAAGUUUCAAGAAGAAAUGCUUGAAUUAAUUUUGGUGCUUUUAGAGUAAUGACUUCUGGAUAACAGAAGAAUCAUUUUAAAGCACAAAUGAGUGAUAUACUUUUUUGGUGAAUAUACUAUUAUUAAUUGCAAAAGAAUCUAUACAACAAACA